GAGACUCUGCUGUUACAGCCCGCCUCUGAGCUCUGUCAUGGCGGCGUCAGUCACUCAAGACAGUGUGAAGGAACGCGAUGUUGGGGUUCUUGUCCGCGCGGCAAGCGGGUUUGGAGGACCCUCUUUGCCUCCGGAGAGCGGAGUCCACACGGAGAGUUUUGGGACUGGAGUUAAACAAAGACAGAGAUGUUGAAAGAAUCCAUAGCAGUGGAGUUAACACCCUUGACAUUGAACCUGUUGAAGGAAGAUAUAUGUUAUCAGGUGGUUCAGAUGGUGUGAUUGUACUUUAUGACCUUGAGAACUCCAGCAGACAACGUUAUUACACAUGUAAGGCAGUGUGUUCCAUCGGCAGAGACCAUCCUGAUGUUCACAAAUACAGUGUGGAGACUGUACAGUGGUAUCCUCAUGACACUGGCAUGUUCACAUCAAGCUCAUUUGAUAAAACUCUAAAAGUAUGGGAUACAAAUACAUUACAAACCGCAGAUGUAUUUAAUUUUGAGGAAACAGUUUAUAGUCAUCAUAUGUCUCCAGUCACCACCAAGCACUGUUUGGUAGCAGUUGGUACUAGAGGACCCAAAGUACAACUUUGUGACUUAAAGUCUGGAUCCUGUUCUCACAUUCUACAGGGUCACAGACAAGAAAUAUUGGCAGUUUCUUGGUCACCACGUUAUGAUUAUAUCUUGGCAACUGCAAGUGCUGACAGUAGAGUAAAUUAUGGAUGUGAGGAGAGCAUCAGAUGUUUGAUUACUCUUGAUCAGCAUAAUGGGAAAAAUCACAGCUUUGAAUCAGCAAACACUGCUCAUAAUGGGAAAGUUAAUGGCUUAUGCUUUACAAGUGAUGGGCUUCACCUGCUGACUAUUGGCACAGAUAAUCGAAUGCGGCUCUGGAAUAGUUCCAAUGGAGAAAACACAUUAGUGAACUAUGGAAAAGUUUAUAAUAACAGUAGAAAAGGAUUGAAAUUCACUGUCUCCUGUGGCUGCAGUUCAGAAUUUGUUUUUGUACCAUAUGGUAGCACCAUUGCUGUUUAUACAAUUUACUCAGGAGAACAGAUAACUAUGCUUAAGGGACAUUAUAAAAGUGUUGACUGCUGUGUAUUUCAGUCUAAUUUCCAGGAACUUUAUAGUGGUAGCAGGGACUGCAAUAUUCUUGCUUGGGUGCCAUCUUUAUAUGAACCAGUUCCUGAUGAUGAUGAGACUAAAACCAAAUCACAGUUAAAUCCAGCCUUUGAAGAUGCCUGGAGCAGCAGUGAUGAGGAAGGAUGAUUGUUGACCUUCAGUUCCUUUGUGUCUGUGUUGAUGAAACUUUUUUAGUAGGACUAUGUGGGCUUUUUUUUAACUGUCCUGUCAAUUCUUGACAACUGAAUUUGGAUCAUUUUCCCCCAUGUUUUAAAAUGAGGUUAAUAUUUACACAAAAUCCUAAAACAGAUUUCUAUAUAGUUUAUCAAAACAUGUCUCCUUAAUCCCACUUGUGGCCUAAGGCAACCCCUGUUGUUACGGUACAAGGACACAAGCCACUGUGCCUCAAUUGGGACCUUCAGCAGAUUCUAUGAACUAUAAGAUGCUGCAAGAUCUGCAGCUGAUCAGAGGAUCAGCAAGUAGAAGUUAUCAGCAUUGACUUUCUCAUACUGGCUGUACCAUUAGCCUGCUCAUUUCCACCUUCAAGAAUGAUUUUACUGAGGAUGAUUACAUCAAAAGUAGUAGUUGGAAAGGUAUUGUCAAAAUUAUUUUAUACUUUCUUAUUUGUGUAUUCACAUUAUACAAUGAUUUCAUUUAAUUGACUGUUGUCUAAAUUUAUGUUAAAUAUUUUUGGACUCAGUUUCUUCCACAAUCCAAAAAGUGCACCACAGAAGGCUUUUAAGUUGGCAAAAAUCCCAUGUUUACUUUAUUUUAAUGUCAGAGCUUGCACUCAUGCUUGAACUCCCUUUCUAUGAAACUCAUUAAGAUGUGACCAAAUCCUACUUCAUUCAUGCAAGCAGAAAUGUCCUGGCAGGAAAUCUGGCUUAAACAUAAAAUGUUUUCAUAAAAUUUCUAUUUUAUUGUCUCCUUUUAUGUCAACCCACAAAUGAUUAUCAUGAAGCUCAUCUUGAUAUUCCCUUUCUUCCUGAUUCUUACCAGCAGGAGACUAGUAAUAGAGGUUUUUGUGAGCUUGAAUACAAAAUAUACAGUUAUUGAGUUUUUAAAUGUAUUACAGUUAGGCCUCAUAUCAGACCUUUCUGGCUAAAUAUUUUCCAUACACUUUCUUUUACAAUUGAUUUUUUUCAAUUGACAGAUAAAGUUGUAUGUUUUUACUGUAUACAGCAUAUUGUUUUGAAGCAAAUAUACAUAUGGACUGACUAUACCUAGCUAUUAACAUAUCAUUACUUCACACAGUUAUCAUUUUUGCAGUGAGAACAUUUUACAUCCAUUCAUUUAGCAUUUUUCAAGAAUACAAUAUAUUAGCUAUAGUUACCAUGUUGUAUGAUAGAUCUUUUGAACUUAUUUCUCCUAUUUUACUGAAAUUUUGUUUCCUUUGACCAGUGUCUCCCUAGCCACCCUCUAAGCCCCAAGUAACCACCAUUCUAUUCUCUACAUCUAUGAAAUCAACUUUUUAGAUUCCACAUAUGAGUUAGAUCAUGUGGUAUUUGUCUUUCUGUGCCCAUCUUAUUUGACUUACCAUCAUAUCCUUCAGGUCCAUCCAUAUUGUUAUGAAUGACAGGGUUUCCUUUUUAUGGCUGUAUAGUAUUUCAUUAUGUAUAGAUACCAUAUUUUCUUUAUCAGUUCAUCCAUUGAUGGACA